CUGGAAAGGGGCCUCCACUCCUGGCCCUCUUUCUUCCGAGUUUGCGACUCUCCGGUCCAAGAUGGACAAAGUCUGUGCUGUGUUUGGAGGCUCCCGGGGCAUUGGCAGGGCAGUGGCCCAGUUAAUGGCCCGGAAAGGCUACCGACUGGCUAUCAUCGCCAGAAAUCUAGACGUGGCCAAAGCCGCCGCCGGUGAACUCGGCGGAGAUCAUUUGGCCUUUAGCUGUGAUGUUGCCAAAGAACAUGAAGUUCAAAAUACCUUCGAAGAGAUGGAGAAAAAUUUAGGUCCAGUUAAUUUCUUGGUAAAUGCAGCUGGAAUUAAUAGGGAUAGCCUGUUGGUAAGAACAAAAACUGAAGAUAUGGUAUCUCAGCUUCAUACUAACCUCUUGGGUUCCAUGCUCACCUGUAAAGCUGCCAUGAAAACUAUGAUUCAGCAACAGAGGGGGUCUAUUGUUAACGUAGGAAGUAUUAUUGGUUUAAAAGGCAAUUCUGGCCAGUCUGUGUACAGUGCCAGUAAAGGAGGAUUAGUUGGAUUUUCCCGUGCUCUUGCUAAAGAAGUAGCAAGGAAGAAAAUUAGAGUGAAUGUUGUUGCACCAGAUCUGCUUCUGCCCUGUUCUCUGUGGGUCUGCCAAUCAUAAUCCUCCAACCUUUGGUCACAGGGUAAGUACGUGACCCAGGACCAGCCAAUCAGUGCAUGGCUUCAGCAAAUCAUUCAAGGAUAAAUAUAUGAUCCAGGUCCGGCCAGGCCAAUCAGGAGUUUUCAUUCUGAAGAUGAAAGGGUAAUGUCUCUCUUUGUCCUCUGACAGAUAACUAAAAGGAUUGAAUCCCCCAGAGUUGCUGGCUGCCCUGGAAGACCCUCCAAAAAGGAAGCCAAUACAUAAAAAGAAGCCAAGUUGAGAGAGAAAAGACGAGAGAGACAGAGUUAAAAUUGGGAUGCUAUCUUAGCACCUGGAUCCAGAGAACCCUCAGACCAGUUUUAUCUCUGCCUUCCGUGUACAAAAUGGCUGCCCCUUGCCUCUGCCUUUUUUUGCUUAAGUUAGUUCAAAAUGCUCACUAACACUUUUUAAGAAAGUGGCCUUGGAGACCAACCAGUCCAAUUUUCAUUAUCUUAUAGAUAUGGAAAUGGAAACACAGAGAUUAAGUAACUGUACAAAUUUAUCAGCUGGUUAGUGCCAAAGGCCUGACAAGAACAUCUUGCGGGUAAGAACAAUAUUAAAAAUGAAUCUAAUAGCACUAUCUGAAGUUGAUGAAUCAAUAAAAGGAUGAAUACACAUCUUGCUCAUAAAGCUGUGAAAGAAACCAUCAGGACUAAAAACAAAUGGUUAAAAGCGUCCACACUGUAGAGUGAGACUAGAAGGAGGUAGAGGGAGGAAGUCUUUUAUUUUUGCAUUUCAUAGUCUUCUAUACUAGUAGCUUGAAUAUUUUUUAACCUAUGUAUAAAAAAUUAAUGUAAUGUUUAAAAUAUAUAAAAUUCUGAAAACACAUAAAAUUCCAAAAGCUCCUAUUCUACAGAAAGUCACAUCAUAAAAGAGGCCAUGGUGCUGUUAUCUUAGACAGCAGCUAAACAUCCUGAAGCCUGAGAACAUCCAUUCCCCGAAUUUGAGGUCACCAGGGGAGGCUCUCCUCCAAAGAAUUUAACCAGUCAUGACUAUUACCACUACCAGUACCAACAGCGUCGCUAACACUGCUAGUGAUGAUAACAGCUAACUAUCAUAGAGCACUUUCUGUAAAUCUGUAUUAACUCAUUUAGUCUUUACAAAACCCCUAGGAGAUAGGCCUCUUUUAUUAUCUCCUUUUCACAAAUGAGGAAACUGAGGCCCCAAGAUAUAUUAAGUACGUUGCUCAAGGUUACACAGCUGGAAAGCAGUACAGAUGGGAUUCACCGAGGAGGUCUGGCCCGCAACUAUUAUAUUAUGGGAUCUCUAAUCCAGGCAGCAGGACCCACCCAGUACUUCCAUGUGCACUGUGAUUUCUUUAGCCACAGAGGACCUUUCUAAUGUGGGUUCCACCCAAGACUGGCUCCAACUCUGUCACUGUAUCCUCUUUGUUUCUUUGUUACUGGGAUACAGACAUUGCAGUGGAGCUCAAAACAGCUACAUAUGGAGACAACCUGGCUAUGUCCUGAAGACAGUCCAUAUGUAUUUUAGGUAGGUAAUGUUUGGGUCUCAUGUGCUAGGCUUUACAAACUUUUAUUUAUUGGAGAAACGAAAAAAAUCUACAAAGCAACUCGACGGAGCUGGUUUUGAAACUAAGAAAUUAAAUUAGCUCCCAGAAUUUCUUAUUUCAGAAUUUGCAUCAUCAACCAGCAGACAUUACACUGUUGGACUAUUAAAUGCUCCAUCCCUACUAAGCAUCUAUUUACAGCUAUAUCCUGUAAGUCUGAAAAUGCAGUAUGGGGGCAGGAAGAUGAGAUUAACUGGUAAAGAUUCUCAGUGCAUAUUUUACAAGUUAAAAGUGAAUCCAAAUUUCUGAGAACAUCAAGAGGCAUGUCACAAAAUAGUAAUAAGUACCACCAUGGAGUUUCAUAACACAGAGGUUCCUACAUAGUGACAGUGCUGUCCUUCACACUCCUCUUUGAAGAGGCUUGUUGUAGAAAAAGUAAAGAAAUAGGAGAAGAAAAAUGUCCUAAACAAUUGGAAUUGAGCUCCAAAAAUGGCUUUGUUUCUGAAAUCUCGGCCUUUUUUAGUGUCUCCUGCCUUUGGGCUAGUUAGGGCUUUCCCCAGCAGAAGUGACUGUGUCACCGAUUAUCUGUGUGGCAUCAACAAAGAGAGGGAGGUCUGAGAUUCUUCAUGUCUGUGAAAUGGAAAGUUGGACUAUUUUUAAAUACUCUCUUUAAAUAUGUUUUAAAGUUCCUCCAAGCUAUAAAAUCCACUAUCUAGUCUUUCAAGAUUGGACAUCUGAAUAUUAUUAAUUUGUUAUGUUGCUCCAUCUCUUGAGAGACUGCAUCACUAAAUAUGCUGGAAUUUUUUUUAAAAUGUAUCUUUCACAUGCUGAUAAACAACACUAAUUUAUAAAGAUGACUUUUUAGAUUUCCAUUAACACAGGGCUAUCGCUGAAGAAAUAAACAACAUUUCUGAAUAAAUAAUAAGAUGCCAAUAACAUUUUCUACAUAGUUCAAUCUUGCAAGGGUAAACAAAUGAAAGGAAUGCACAGUUGGUCCUGGGUACUCAGAAUAAUUUAUUUUCCCUUAAAGAUCGACCAUUACUAAUAGUUUAAAUGUUAAUGGCCAAGAUACACAAGCCAAGGCUUCCAUAGUGUGAAUGCAGGCCUUGCCUGAUUGCCAGGCUCGAAUUCCAACCUCUCCUCCAAAGAGGGAAAAAGGUCUCGAAAAAACUCAAAAAUGCAUUUUGGCACACUCAAGAGAUGUAGCUUAGCAGCAUGAAUUAAGAGACUUGCGACCAUGGAAAAGAAUUGUAAACUGUAAAGAUUGGCACCUGAGCUAACAUCUGUUGCCAAUCUUUUUCUUUUUUUCCUUCCUUUCUUCUUCUCCCCAAAGCCCCCCAGUAGGUAGUUGUAUAUUCUAGCAGUAGGUCCUUCUGGUUGUGCAAGAAUUGUAAAUUUUAAAUGGCUUUGACCCUUCUUAGCUUUUGACCAACUGACUUUGACAUUCCUUAGAGGCCAAAGGAUGAGAAGCAGUAAUGAUGGUGCUGACUGACCUUUCCCCUCAGGAGGCAGACCCAAUCCUUCCAGCAGCAAAGGAAGUUUAUCCAAAUGUGUCUUGGGAAGAAUUGUAAUAAAUGAGGUUUUCUCCCUGAGAAAAUGACUAAAACCACUAAAAUAAUUCUUAGAUAAAACAACCCAAUUAUUUAAUGUAAUUACUCUUGAGGAAAAAAUGAAAGAAAUUUAUCAUAGCUACAUGAAGUUUCCAACAUGGUUACAUAUGACUGUGUAUAGUCAAGAGUCAUUUAUCUGGCAUUCUAUCAAAUGGAGUUUUCUAUAAUAUGGUAUUUAUGACCAUCUCCAAUAUGAUAAGAAGCCUGCAACAUCUUGAAAUGCUUCUUGAAAGAAAACUUUAUAGUAUAUAUAGCUGUAGUAUUGAGCUAAUUUUACUGUCUUUUAUGUCUUUUCCAAAACAUGCAAAUAAUGAAGUUUGUUGCACACCACAUCAGGUUUUAUGAUUAUACGGUGAGAUUUUAUACAAAUAGUGGCCCUUCAUUUAGGGAAGUAGUAUAUACACCUGGAUGUCACUCUUUUUGUUUUUUAAAGAUUGGCAUCUGAGCUAACAUCUGUUGCCAAUCUUCUUUUGUUUUGGUUUCUUUUUUGUU